CACGGUAAAACCCUCCCCAUUUCUUUCAUUUUGAUUUUUUUUUGUUUUGUUUUGAGACCGAUGAUGAUGAUGAUUCCUGUUGAUUUAUAAUGAUGUCUUGAUGAUCAAUGAACGACACGGCGGCCGGAGCUCGUCGGCGACGGCGGACAACAUCAGUGAUGGUUACUUUUUUUUUUUUAGUUCUGGUUACGGGUUCAGUUCAGUGUUUCAAGUUUCGCGAGUUCGGUUCUCGGCUUGGGUAUUUCGAGUCUGGGUUCGUUCCGGGUCAACAACCAGUCAAAGAGAAGUUUCGGUUCAGACUUUGGGAUGGGUCAGAUUCACUCGGUCAACACAGCGAGUCGACUCGGUCAAACCCGAGUCAACUCGGGUCAACAGCGGUCAACUCGAAGAACCGGAAUGCUUUAGUUGCACGCUAGCGAGUUCACAUUCGUGGGAUGACACUACGGAAUCACAUUUAGCUAGCUAUGCACAGGAAUAUACAGGCUGCAUUUUUCAAAACUACGGAACGGUUGGAAUAGGAGAACCCACGAGAUUUCGAGUACUUUGCGGGCGUUCAUUGUUUAGAAGUCUUAGCUUUUUGCUUCCGCUGUGCAAUGAAGAUACCGGUCCAGUCACGCCAAACGCCUAG